AUGGUGGGACCAACAUUACAGGAACCAGGGCAGAUCCCUUAUACUCGGUUCAACGAACCUUAUAAAAUGACGUCAGUUACUGAAAAGAACUCAGAAAUGAUGAAUGCGAGCGAGGAUCUAGAGAAAUCGAGUGAUGGUUCAGGACCCAUCAAGCUAGGAAGACAACACGGAAGAAGCAACAAUGCUGAAGAAGUAAUUGCAGAAAACUUGUUCAAAAACAUCUGGCACGAAUAUCUGUUCAUUUUAAUCGUGACGUCUGCCCAAUUGAUAACCCAAGCAAACCUUGGAAACACAAUUAUGCCGAUCUACCACAUCUCACGAGGCCUCGGUGUCGGGGAACAUGAUGCCGCUAGUCAGAGCUGGUUCAUCGCUAGUUUCUCCUGUACUGUCGGUGCCUUCGUCUUAAUCACCGGCCGCUUCGGCGAUCUUUACGGUUUCAAAACCAUGUUCACAAUCGGCUGGGUUUGGUUUGCUAUAUGGUCCCUUGCCUGCGGGUUCGCACCCAAUGGAAUUUCGUUCGAUAUAUUCCGGGCGCUGGCAGGCAUUGGGCCCUCAAUCCUAAUGCCGAAUGCAGCGGCGCUAUUGGCGAACGGUUGGCGCGAACAGGGGAAGAAGAACAUUGCAUUUGCGGUUUUUGGCGCAAUUGCCCCGGCCGGCUUUGUAAUUGGAUGUGCGACUGGUGCGGUGAUUACUGAGUGCGGUGGGCGGUGGGAGUGGAUCUUUUGGAGUAUGGCGAUUGUGGCGGCAGUAAUUGCGGUGAUAGGGUGGGUUGUGAUUCCAGGGGGUGGGAGGAUGAAUAUCAGGGGUGAGGGAGAUUUGGACUGGAUCGGAAGCUUUGUGGGUGUUGCAGGAUUAGUGUUGGUGUUUGUUGCUUUGAAUGGCGGCCCAACCUUCGGCUGGAAAGCGCCUACCAGUGGUGUCCUCUUGGCCAUUGGGCUCCUGUCCCUCGUAGCAUUCUGCUAUAUUGAGACGCGGGUCGCCCACCCAAUCCUUCCCAUGAGCAUUUUUCAGUCGCCGACCUUCGUUGCCGUCGCCAUAUCCCUCUGCCUCGGCUGGAUGUCCUUCGGAAUGUUUCAAUUCUACACGCCGCACUUUUUGAUGGAGUUCCGUGGGCUCUCUCAGUUGGAAACAUCCCUCCAGUUUCUUCCAUGCGCAAUUGUUGGCGUCGCGAUAGCAUGCAUGGCCGUGUUUAUGCUGCCGCGAGUGCCGGGGUACGUUAUCUUCGGCAUCUCAAUGCUGUGCUUUUUUCUGGGACAGUUACUAUUGGCGCUCACGCCUGUGGAACAGACCUAUUGGCAGAUGACGUUUCCGACGUUUCUGCUGAUUUGCUGCGGGCCCGAUCUGUCUUUUGCAUGCUCCUCCUUGAUCGCAAGUGAUAAGUUGCCAAAGGAGAAACAGGGUGUGGCUGGUAGCUUUAUCAACACCAUUGUUAAUUAUAGUAUUGCGUUAGGGUUGGCACUAGCGGGGAAUUUGGAGGCUGCCACUAAUGAUGGUGGUAGGGACAGACUGAAAGGUUUCAGAGCAGCGUGGUACUUGGGGGCGGGGUUUGCGGCGUUGGGGAUGGUUAUGACCGCUGUUUUCCAUAGGGGGAUGGCGAAGAGGCAUAAUUAG